AUGUUAGUUGGCUAGCCUAAUACUGUUCUAUUAUAAUAAUAUACUCCAAAAGACAUUGAGGCUCCUUAUUAUUAGAUUGUAAAUUCUAAUAUUUACAAUUUAGAAAUAUAACAAUCAAUUCUUCCACUUUUUAAUCAAGUUUUCAAUUCAAGUAAUAUAUGAAAGUAUAAUAAUAGGCGAGAUCAUCAUUUUUGCUAGUAAUUACAUUGAAGUAUCAGGUAUAUAUUCAAACUACUUUUGGUUUUUAUCUAAUUAAUAAAUUUUAUAUGCAGGUAUGUUGGAUAAUUUUGGUAGUCUAAUAAUUGAGAAAAUUGAUGUAUAAAUACUAAAUUUGGGUAAAAUUAUUAUAUAAUUUCUAUAUAGAAUGUCAGUACAUAAAUUUAAUCACUCAUACAUAAGGAAUCCUAACUUGUUUGAAUUAAUAAUAAAUUUCAUUUUUUUUUGUAAAUUCAACAAACGUGCAAUAUACAUAAUACAAUACGAAUUACUCACUUCCUUAGGGAUAUUUAAGUUUAAAAACUAAUUUAUAUUAUCUGAAUGAUACUGCCUAUUAGAUUAUCAUUUCUUAUAUUACAAAUGUGGAUGCUAACUUAGUUAUAUUUAAAUAUUUUUAAAAUAGUUUAGUAUUUGUAAAUUCAUUUAAUUUUUCAGGCUCUUAUUAUUAAAUGGAAAUCAUAUAAUUAAAUUUAUUUUUAUUGGAUUCCAAGUCUAUUUAAUAUUUAGAUUUAUUAAAUAAUUCAAAGACAGGAAGAAUUUAGAUAUAAAACUCAGGAAAUUAAAUGAAUUAUAUGGCAGUUUGUGAGAUUAAUAAUCAUCUAUUUCGGAUAGCAGUUUUGGAUAAUUUAUAACUAUAUAUUUAUUAUUAUAAUCCUGAAGUAUAAAUACCAAAUAAAAAAACUAUAAAUUCAUUCAUAAUUAAUCCAUAUUAAAGGAUGAUUCAAAUUAGUAUCACCAUCAAUAGUAUUUACAUAAUAACAAAUAAUUUUAUUAUGAAACUUUCUGGAGAAUAAGUUAUCUUUCCAUCAAGUUUUUUGCCAUUAUAAUAGUGUAAUUAUGCUUUGAUUUAAUAUAAUCGGUAGAUUAUUGUAACAUAAUAAUUAUUAAACGGUUAAGCCAUUUUUUCAACUUUUCUCUUUAAUAAUCCAUAAAUAAAAAUAUCUAUUAAUUAAACUUUUUUGAUCGAAUAAAAUACAAAGUAUUACUAGUUAUAAUUAUUAAUAAUACCUCAAACCUUAUAAUAAAUACAAAGAUAAAUUUAAAUUUGGAUUAUGCCCUAAAAUCUAACUAAUUCAAAAUGUCCUAUACCUUUCUAACAUAAAAUGAACGAUUUAUAUCUUAAUUUUCCUGAUUAAUAUAAUAUUCCUUUUACUGAAGUGUUUUUAGGUCCAAAUCUCACUUAAUCAAUUACUUCACAAAAUCCAUAGUUGUUAUACGCUGAUACAUCUAGCAAUUAUUUUAAAAGUACUAUCAAUUCUUACAGUAUUAUAACUUUAGAGCUAUGUUCUAUUUAUGAUAGUAGUGCUAUUUAUUGUUCAUAAUACCAAAAUUUUUCAGUCGAAAUUUCAUAUUGGAAUCCCAUAUUAUAAAAUUAAAAUCUAUUAAUUACUACAAAUUAAACCAUGCAGUCUUGUUCAUGUAUCAUGACAUAAGAAUAUAUUAAUAUUUUAAUAGAAUUAAAUGAUACAAUAUUAAUACAGUAAUUCAACUAUUAAAGCUAACCUUAGGAUUUUUAUAAACUUACAAUGCCAAUUUAAAUACUAAGCAGUGCUUUAUUAAAAGAAACUCUGUUUGUUAUAACCAUUGAUGGAAAUCUGACUGCAUAUUUUCUCAAACAUGGCAAAUCUAGCCUAUUUACUAUAUCUAAUUAUACAUUUAAAUAUAUAUACACUAAUUUAAUAAAUUAUCCAAACUUCUUAUUUAUUGAUAAUCAAGUUAAUUUAAUUAUCUUAUCGUAUAAAGGAUAUUAAUCUUAUGAAAUUGUAAAUAGCAUUACAUAUCCAAUUGUUAAUUACAAUUAAAUAUAGAUAGGUAUAUUACAAACUGGAAUUUAUAUGGCGAUUGUUGAAUAAAAUAACAACUAUUUAUAUUUCUAUCCAAUAUAAAAUGUUUAUAUUUCAAACUCGUUAUAAAAUUAUUAUUAAGUAGAUUUAUUAGGAUACUAAUUUUAAACAGGAUAAAUUAUCAGUUCAUAUACUCCAAAACACUUUUAUUUAAUCUUGCAAGACUAGUAUGGGAUAUUUUGUGCCUAUUUUUCUGGUAGUGAUUCCCCAUUUAAUUCAUUCGUUUAUUCAAAUUUCUUAUUCGCUAAUUCAUAGAAUGUACUUAUAAUAUCAAUGAGUGUUGUUUAAAAGUAAAAAUAUAAUAUAGAAUUGGUCUAAAUAUUUACCAAUAAAUCAUUGGCAGUCAAUGGUUCAGUUCUCUAUGGCGAAUUUCAAAUAGUGCCUUAUUUUUUAGAAACCAAUUAUUCUUAUAUGACUACAGUUAGUUACUUGGCGUAAGAUUAAAAUUGUUCACUUUAAUUACAACAAAAAGUCAACAUAUUAUUUGAACGAUAAUUUAUUACUCAAAAAUAAUUCAACUCAGAAUCUUAAGUAUUAAAAAUUCAAAAUAGUACAAAAUUAAUCAUAAAUCCAUCCAAUUUAUUUAAUGGAAACAUUAAGAAUUAUUCAAUAAAUUGUAUAGAAUGCAAAUCACUUAAUUUUACUUAACCUAUAAAUGGAUUAACUUCUUAAACAUUAAACUUUUCAUUUCAGGCCGCAGUCAAAAAUAACAACAUGAUCUUUAUUUAAAACAAUAUCAGUUUAUACUAGCUAAAUGAAUAAACAGGAGUUUACAGUUUAAUAUAUAACUUUCCUUAUUAAAAUACUUACUGUUUUGUGAUAUUUAUAGAUAAAUUUUCAUAGUUUCCUGUUUCGAUAUGUGCUAAUGAAACAACUACUAUAUAUGCUUAUAAUCUUACAGGAAAUAUAGGAAUUUAAUAUAAUUUUUCAGAGUAUUCAAACUUUUAUAAAGCAAAUUAUAAUAAUGGUGUACUCUAAGUAUUAACAAUUAAUUAUAAACGAUUAAUUUAAUAAUAUUCUUAUUAAUCAUUUUAUUUUUGGAUAUCUGACAAUAAAAUUUAUUUGGAAUAAAUAUUUAAUUCAAGUAACCUUUGUAGUAAUUCAUAUUUGGAAUUUGUUUAUCUCAGCAUGUCUACAAAUUACACAACUUAACCUUGUUAAAUAUUUGGAUUUACAUCCUUAUAAAAAAAUGGUAUAUAUAAUCCCAUAUUUUACUUACUUAAUACAUGUAUUUCUGCAUAAAUUAGUUAAUAAUUUGGCUUUUAAUCUAACUAGUAUGCUUAAAUAUUUAACAUCUAUUUUUCAAUUACAACCUGGAAUUUAUAUCAAACUUUACCAAUUUACUUCAAAUUUUUAUCUGAUAUACAAUAGUAUUAAAAUUCAAAACUUAUAGCUAAAGAUUUUGUAGUUGAAUCAAAGUUUAUUGUCUCAUUAAGCUAUAGUAUUGAGAUUUAUGCAAUCUUAUUUAAUCUUAAUAACGGAACUAUUAUAGGGUUCCAUAAAUAUACAAAUUUAUUCCUAAGUUUUAACUCUAAUGUUAGUGGCUAUUUUGUAUUUUAAGGAUUUAAUGAUAUGAUAAUUAAUUAAAACUAUGUUAAUUUCACAUUUAUAACCACUAAUAUUUAUGCUCGUUUUGAGAAGUAAAUUAAAUAUUUAUAUAACAUUAGUUAUUCUAUAGAUGAGAAAUUAGUCCAAAUAAUAGGUUAAGAAUUUUAUACACUCUAAAUACCAGGUUUAUUAUUAUUUUCAGUAGUAUCCGAAAAUUAUUUAUUUUUCACUAAUAAUUAUUUCAAUUAGACAAUUGUAUAUCCUCUUUAAAAUUGGCUUGAAAUUGAUGUUGAUAUUACAGGAGUUUAACAAUCAUAAAUUGAUAUAAUUGCUUCAAAUUAAUAGAGUUCAGCCAAAUAAACAUAUUUUUUAUUGAAUGAAGCCUACUAGUCUAUUCCGUAAGAAAAAGAAAAAUAAAAUGUAGGCUUGAUAGUUGGACUCUCCAUUUUUCUUUUAAUUGUAAUAACUUUAAUAACUAUAAUAAUUUUAAAGUAUUUUAAAUAUAAGUAGACAUUAACCAGAAAUUCAAAUUAUUUUGAAUUGGAAAAUAGAUAAUGA